GUCACGAAACAUGGCGCUCAUGCGGAAAGGUGAUGCUGGACCACUGUGUUUACUGCGCUUUUGAUUUUUCCACGAACCCAGGCGUUUUACAAUGCUGGGAAAAGACAUAUCCUCACAUCUAAUCGUCCUAGAGAGGUAGUAAACAAACGAGCGGUUUUAAACGAUGAGACGUGAUCCUAAAUAAGACGCCGGUAUCGGUUAGCAUUAGCUUAGCUUCAUAAACAUCACAGCACUGUCGUGUUAGCUAACGCUCAUAACGCGACCUAUGACUAAUAUCACACAACAUGAGUCUUUGACACGGCGGAUAUAACGAUAUACAUGUACAUAGACGUAGAUGAGCCAACCCAGGCGCUAUUUGCGUUAUUUAUUUAGAUGUAAUAGCUGUUUCUAGGUAGUUGAGGUAGUGGAUUAGCUGCAGUGGUGAGGAUGGAGGCUCUUCGUGGAGGUGUGUGUUUACUAGGAUUUGCCACUCUCACACAAGCUGCUCCAGUCUCAAAUACACACGCAGCAGAGGCUGCUGGAUAUGUGGAUUACUCUCUGACCAUCCCGCUGCUGUUGUCUCUGGCUGUGUUGGUGGCCCUUGUGGUACUGCUGCUCAACUGUGCUUCCUGCUGCAAAGAGCAAGAGAUCAACUUUAAGGAGUUUGAAGACCACUUUGAGGAUGAGGUUGAUUUCACGCCCCCAGCGGAGGACACCCCCUCUAUGCAGUCGCCUGCAGAGGUUUAUACACUUGCUGUUCCACCUGUACCCCUCCCUGGACCCCCUCACCUCCAACUUCCACGCAUAACAGACGUCUCAUCAGGUCCUCACGUGGCACGACACUCUCUCAGUUACAUUCAGGAGAUCGGGAACGGCUGGUUUGGAAAGGUUCUGCUCAGUGAGAUCUACGUGGACCCUGGAGUCGCCCGAGCGGUUGUCAAAGAGCUGAAGGCCAAUGCCAGCUCCAAAGAGCAGAAUGAGUUCCUGCAGCAGGGAGACCCAUACAGGGUUCUUCAGCAUCCCAAUAUACUGCAGUGUCUUGGUCAGUGUGUGGAAGCCAUCCCUUUCCUGCUUGUUUUUGAGUACUGUGAACUGGGGGACCUGAAGAGUUACGUUUCUCAGCACGAAUGGCUGUACAGGAAUGGAGAACUGCUGCAGUUGCAGAAAAUGGCCUGCGAGAUUGCUGCUGGGGUCACCCACAUGCACAAACACAACUUCCUGCACAGUGAUUUGGCUUUGAGGAACUGCUAUCUCACAACAGACCUGACUGUCAAAGUAGGAGAUUAUGGCAUUGGCCCUUCGAGUUUUAAGGAGGAUUACAUCACCACAGAGGACGACCAAUGUGUGGCACUGCGCUGGCUUGCCCCUGAGCUGAUUGGUGAGCUGCAUGGGGGUGUAAUAACAUCAGAACAGACUAAACCCAGCAAUGUUUGGGCAUUGGGUGUGACAUUGUGGGAGCUGUUUGAAGGUGCAAAGCAGCCGUAUCCUCAUCUGUCAGAUAGAGAAGUGCUCCACCAUGUGCUCAAGGAUCAACAAGUCAGACUUCUCAAGCCACAGUUGGACUUACCAUACUCAGAAAGAUGGUUUGAGGUUCUACAGUUUUGUUGGCUGCCUGCAGACAAGAGGGCCACCACUGAAGAGGUCCACCGCCUGCUCACGUACCUUCGUAUGCAAGGUCAAAAAGAUGUGGAGGAUGACUUCGAGCAGCGCUGGAGCUCUCUCAAACCCAAUCCCACCACUCGUCAAGCCACCGUCAGUCAUUCCUCCUUUCCCAUCCUGGAGCAGUUUGAUGACGGACGAGAACCAGACGAGGUGCUCACAGUCACCGAAACGAGUCGUGGGCUAAGUUUUGAAUACGUGUGGGAGGCAGCCAAGCAUGACCACUAUGACAGCCACAAUCGCUCUGCCAUGGACACUACUUUGAAUUACCACAGUAUGUUCUUUCCAGUGCCACGGCAAGAUAUUCAGGCUCAUUUCCCUGACACUGCAGCACAAGCUGAAAGUGGCAGAGUCCCAGAAACCUUGCCAGUGUUUGAUGCACACAAAGCAUCCUCUGGAAAUGACUACUUUAUUAAGUUGGAGGAGUUAGAUGAGAGUGAAAUUGGCAUGGGGGAAAGUCAGGGUGCUGAAGGUACCAAUGCUUCAGAGCAGCAUCAGUAUGUAGUCAUGCAGGAUGUCCGAUUGGAUGAAUCCAGUACAGAUGCUGAUUUUUUCCAUCAGAGCAUUGACUCAAAAGACUCGUUCCUUCAGGACAGCCACAUAUGGUCCUCAAGUGAACACGAGAGCCCGUAUCAUACUAACAUUUUCAGUGAGGGUGAUGCAAAACUGGAAGAUUCUCAUUCAUUCACUGGAGGUUUCAUGGAGCUCCCGGACAUGAGUGUACAGAAGACGGAGUCUGAUGGCGAAGCCAUUGGGAAAGAGGCUAGUGAUAGUUUUCAGAAGUCUUUUUUAGGGGUCGGACCAGAAGCUAUUCAUCUGGAGAUCUCUAAUCAGGAGAGCUCAGAUGUAAUGAAGCUUCUUAACACUGAGAAUCUGACUGAAAACUUUUUGUUUCUUAAAGAUAACAGCCUAAUGAAGGACAAAUCACAAUCGGAAUCAAAAAAUAUCCAGGAGACCAUGAGCUCCAUCCUUGAGACUGAUGUCUCAGAUAGUGUAAACCUCACAGGUGAGUCUUUAAAAACAGCCGAGAAUUCUGCACAGCUCAAGAAUGAAUUCUUGGACUUAGUCAGCCCGAUUUUAGAUGAUUUUCUGUCGCCUUUGAAAGGAAAUGAAACAAUGGUGCCUUUUGAUAUAUUAGUAACAGGAGAAACCUGUAGCAACCACCUGCCAGACGCAAAUGGCUCCUUGCGUUCCCCAAAAUCUGGGAACUACUCCUCUUCUGAUUCUACCUCUGAAAGUGUUGAGGUCAUUGUUGACAGUCCAUCUGAUAGUCAUCAGUCCCUUGAAAGUGCCACUACAGAUACACAACACACGUGCAUAGAUGCCAAACCCCCCAGCCUUGAAGAAUGCUUCGGAGCCUCAAAGGACAAUGGGCAGUAUCAAGAAAUCAGCGAUGGAGCUGAGCUUAGCUUUACUACUUCACCUGUUGGUGAUUGUACAGAAGGUGGCCUCACUGAAGGUCUAACAAGUAGCGACUCAAUGAGUGAUAUAAUGGAGCUGGACAAGAAGACGGCCAAUGAUAUUCCACCCUCAGAAGCCAUCGAUCAAGAUCAAGAAACUUUAUUGGACAACCAUGUAACUCAGGACAUGUCCUCACUGUUGGUUUCAGACUCCGGUCUUGACCAAAUAAGCCAGGACAGCCUCCUUGAUGAUAGCACCUCUUCCACUCUUCCAACCAUUGAGAAUUCGGCUGAAACACCAGAUUCGUUAGAUUCCUUGGAUGUGGUGCAUGGGCAGUCUUUGGAAACGCCUGUUAAUAAGCUUCAACCCCCAUACAAAGCAGCCGACAGUGGGUAUGAAACGGAAAACCUUGAGUCACCGGAGUGGAACUCUCAAACAGGCUUAAGGGAUUCCUCUGAAGAGAACGAGAUGGGAAAUACCGUGGGGCCUGCGGCACUGGUUCCACCGGAAAUUGUCAUUUCUGAGGUGGACUCUGUACCUGAUGUUCAGGUGAAUGGUGGUGGAGCUGAUCACCAACAAGACCAUGGCGAAGUUCCCUUUGGUGGAAACUACCGAGACUCAGCUUACUUCUCAGACAAUGAGGAACUUGAUAAGAAGAGUGAUGACAUCAGUGGAAGCGGCUCUGGAGAUGCUUCAUUUUGGCUCCAGAGUAAUCGAGAAGCUGAUGGAAGCCAAGGAACUGAAGCUGUGGGGGAGCAAUCGGUGUCCGAGACUUCCCCUGAAUCAACUGAGGGUGAUGUCCAGGCUCCAAGGACUGUUCUUCCUGAGUUGGUUCUCACCACUGAGGAAGAUUGGAGCCAGGAAAAACCAUUGACUGUUGACGACUCAGACCAAACUGCAGCCCCAGAACAUGCAGCAACAUCCACUACCUCAGUGCAGCCCUCAACGGAUGUCAUGGUUCAUGCAAAACUAACCAGAACGUACGCUGGGGAAAUAACAAAGAAGAAGGAGCCAGAUAUGGAGGGGAGAUACUUGGGCAAGCUCGAUGGAUCCUCACUGGAGUAUGGCACCGAGGAUGGGAUGGAUGCUGAUGAAGAAGAUGAGAACAGCGAUGAGUCUGAUGAGGAUAUGCGUGCUUACCGAUUGCACAGCUCUAGCUCUGAGUGCAGUGAGGAUGAUGUUGUGCACCCGGUACCUGUUAUCAUCUCGGACGACAGCAGUUCCCUCAACCUCAAAAGCUUGCUGAAACCCAAAUCUCUUCAGACUGCUAAAGCAACAUCAGAGGAGGGCAGCAAUGGAGAUAAUAGACGCGGAGUGUCAUUCUUUGAUGAUGUGACCGUCUACCUUUUUGACCAGGAAACUCCAACAAAGGAACUUGGUGAGCAUACUCAUGACCCCAGUAGUCAACUGUCUGAUUUCAGCAGUCCAGUGGCCUCCUCCAGCUACCUUAAUAGGUUCACCAACUCUGAGAGCUCCACCGAUGAAGAAGGUGGUGCAUUCGAAUGGGACGAUGACUUUCCAUCUCCAGAGCCCAAUUUCCUUGCAAAGGCAGCCAGUGAUCAUUCUGCCAGUAGGCCCGGUGGGACUUCGGCAGCUUCCAAGUAUUUCUCACCACCCCCUGCGAACCGCAUCCUGGAGCAGAGCUGGAACAGUCCCUCCAACUACUCGCGCUUCUCCAUCUCCCCAGCCAGCAUCGCCAGCUUCUCCCUCACCCACCUCACAGACUCCGACAUCGAACAAGGGGGAAGCGGUGAAGAUGGAGAGAAAGAUUAACCAAUCUGUUGAAGAUACGUCACAGGUGUAUUUGAUUGGAAGGCUUUGAUUGCUUCUCAGGCAGCAUUGGUAUUUAUUCAAGGAUAUGAAGAGGACUGAGCUGGUGGCAUCCUGUGAGGACUUCCUGUGUUUCCAUAAACUAUGAUUUGCUAUGUUUUUCAUCAGUGCAAUUUGGAGAAACCUUGCUUCACGUAUGCUUUAGAAACGUUCACGCGCUUCCUAAGUGCCCUGCCUCACUUUUUUUUCCUUUUGCUCAUAUGCAUUUCUUCAUUUGACGUCAUUUGAAGGAUGAAGCUGAAGUUUAUCACUCGACCAGAGGACUUGCUGUUAAACACUAAUGAGCCAAUAGACUCGAACUCAGUUGUGCAAUUGAAAUCGUAUAAUACUUGCCUUUUAUUUGAACACACUGGAUUUUAUUUUAUUUUUUAUGUGAAAUCUAGUGUGACAAGCUUAUUUAUAUGAUCGUGUAAUGGAUUUAGAUGUCCAAUAGAAGCAACAUGGGUUCGCCACAGAUAUUUUUGUACAGUGUUUGGACUACUCGUUCAUAACGACGAAACCACUUUCACCCAAGCAACGACUCACGUAGUUCCAGUGACAUGUUUUGUAUUAAAAAAUGUAAAAGUCAGGAUAUGGGCAGCUGAAGGGUUUUGGAUAUGUCUUAAAGUAGUGAGCAGUGUUUGUCGUUGCAGUCUGUUCUUGAUGAAUACUUACGGAGUGCAUCAGGGCUUUUAGCUGAAGCUGUUGGAUUGUAUAGCGAACGGGCCGUCGCAGUGCCUCACAGCCCCUCUCCGCCCACUUGAGGACCUUUCUGAACUUCAGUUCAGGUUUGUGUUGCGUUUAAAGUUUUUUAUUCAGUGCAAAGGGGAUCUAGAACAUAUCCAGGUCACAUUUCACCCCAAAAUCAGAAGGUUGAAACAAGAAAAUCAAGUUUUUUAUGACAAUUAUGCACAUUUCCUCCUACAAAGUCUCAGUGCUUUAAUGUGAAAACAAGUAAUGAUAUUCUAUUUAAAUUGUAAAGUGUUUGUAUUAUAAUAGUGGAAUUAUGGUAAUAAUACUAAAGGGAUAGUUCACCUAAAAAUUAAAAUUCUGUCAUUAAUUACUUACCCAUAUGUCGUUCCAAACCCGUAAGACCUUCGUUCAUCUUCAGAACACAAAUUAAGAUAUUUUUGAUGAAAUCCGAGAACUUUCUGACCCUGCAUAGACAGCGACGCAAGUAAAAUAGUCGUUAAAAUAGUCCAUGUGACAUCAGUGGUUCAGCCGUAAUGUUAUGAAGCUACAAGAAUACUUUUUGUGCACAAAGAAAACAAAAAUAAAGAUUUUAUUCAACAGUUUCCUCUCUGACAUGUCAGUCUUUGAUGUGUGUUCAUGAGACUACCACAUAAAGUCGCUAUUUUUGUUUUCUUCAUGCUCAAAAAGUAUUCUUGUAGCUUCUUAACAUUACGUUUGUACAACAGCAUUAGUGCCAUGUUAAAAACUACAAAAAUCUAAGAUUACGACAUUAAAGUCGUAAUAUUUUCAUAACAGAGUCAAAAUAUUACGAGAAUAAAGUUGAAAUAUUACUAGAAUGUUACUUAAGUCGAAAUUAUGAGAAUAAAGUCAAAAGUACAAGAAUAAAUUCUGUUUCGAGAAUGAAGUCAAAAUGUUUUGAGAAUAAAGUUGAAACAUUAUUAGAAUACAGACAAGAUAUUUAGAGAAUAAAGACAAAAUUAUGAGAAUAAAGUCAAAAUUACAAGAAUAAAUUCUAAGUGUUUUGAGAAUAAAGCUGAAAUAUUACUAGAAUAAAGUCUAAAUAUUUCAAGAAUAAAGUAGAAAUAUUAUGAAAUUAAAGUUAGUAUUUUGCGAGUAAAUUCUAAGUGUUUCAAGAAUAAAGACAAUGUUUCGAGAAUAAAGUUGAAAUAUUACAGGACUAAAAUUGUAAUAUUUGAGAACAAAGUUGAAAUGUUACGAGAAUAAAAUCGAAAUAUUAAAGUAGAAAUAUUACGAGAAUAAAGUUGAAAUAUUUUUUGCAUAAAGUCAAAAUUACAAGAAUAAAUUGUGUGUUUCAAGAAUAUUGUCUAAGUGUCUUGAGAAUAAAGUCAAAAUUAUGAGAAUUAAUUUGUAGCAUUCUCGAAGCAUUUUGACUUUAUUCUCAAAAUAUUUCGGCUUUAUUCUCCUAAUUUUGACUCAACAUUUCAUCUUUAUUCUCGUAACUUCAUCAUUAUUCUCGAAACAUUUCAAAUUUAUUCUCGAAAUAUUUCGACUUUAAUCAUUUUAGUAAUUUUUUUAUGUUAACAUGGCACUAAAAUGCUGUCGUACGGUUGAACCACUGAUGUCACGUGGACUGUUUUAACGAUGUCCUUACUACCUUUCAGGGUCUUGAACGUAUCAGUUGCAUUGCUGUCUAUUCAGGGUUUCACUGAAAUAUCUUAAUUUGUGUUCUGAAGGUAAACGAAGGUCUUGUGGUUUUGGAAUGACAUGAGACUAACUAAUAGAAUUUUCAUUUUUGGGUAAAUUGAUCCUUUAACAUUGAUAUUUUAUUGAAUAUGUUAUUUUAUUUCUCUAGAUUUUGGGUUGAAAUGUGACCCAGACACACUUUGUGAGAUUCAUCAUCAUUGUUGGCGGUAAAUUAAACUAUGAGUAAUUAUGAAAGCUCUAGUGGUCAGAGAGACUAGCUAGCAACUAGCAGAACUUCCAAAGGUAAUGGCUGCUUGUAGCAUUGAGUAGGAAUACUAUUCAAAGGAGAAAAAACAAACAAAGAACCUUCUUAAAUUUCUGAUUCCCUUGUGUUGACAUUAAAGAGCAGCUUGUAAACACUCAAGGGAUGGGAAAUGAUUUGGUUUUCCCUCUUUUUUUGGUGCGCAUGUAUUAUUCAUUGGAGUUUAAAGGUAAUCGUCAUAGGUUGUAUGAAUCAUUUGCCAAUCUUGCUGCUCAUUAUGCUUUUUUUUUGGGUUGACAAUGACAGAGAUAAACUUAUGUAUAUAGUAGAAAUCAAAUCGAGGUGAUACUACACAAUCAGCAAGAAGAAUGCUCAAUAUCAUUGAAUAUUUCCUUGCUUCAGUCUUGAAGAACGUUGGAUAUACUCAAGAUGUGAGACUGAUCAUUCUACAUCCCCUUGUAAUUCAGUACAGUAAUCGCUCUAUGUUUUAGACCUGUUGAGUAUCUGUAUUACCAGCACUCGAUUUUGGUUCAACUUGAAAUUUUAUGAAAGGAAAUUCUUCAGUUUUAUUCUACAGUAUACUUUGCUUAAUCUUGCACAUCUUUAAAGUGUAACUUAAUGUUGAAUUGUUCUCCUGUAUAUAAAUGUUUAAUUUUGUCUGUAAAUUGGGAAUGACUCGAGGAGUAGGUACGAAGACUGAUUUUUUUUUUUUUUUUUGAUAAUUUAAAGCUAAAAUGUGAUAUCACGGGUGAGAAGUGAUCAAAAAAGACAAAUUGAUGGGGAAAUGCAGGUCAUCAUGUCCUUAUAACUUGUAAAUUAAAAAAAAACGGUGAUAUUUUUACUUCAUAUUGAUGACGAUCAUGCCUAGUGUCAUUGAAGGAAUGGUUUAUAAUUAAUUGCUCUGUUUAUUAUGGAAUUAAAUGAAAAUGAACUUC